GAAGAUGUUCUUGGAGUCUACUUUAUUUAUCAGUACGUUAAAAGUCUUUCGUGUGAGACACUGGAGCAGAACAGAAGGCAUCUGACUUGGAGAUAAUAAGCUUUUCCCCCGAGGUUUAAAGGCAGAUUAAAUAGGCAGUCUAGUAGUAGCAGAGGUAGAGUGAUUGUCUGUCUUUUUUUAUAAUCUGCCUCGUCUCUGAAGGCUUACGUCCCUAUCUCACAUUAGACUAGCCUACUUCCUGUUGUUGUACUGUAGCUACCGUUUCUGGUCUCUAUUGACUUUGUUUCAAUGUCUUACUGUGGUAGGCCUAUAAAUAGUUACCUGAGAUGAGGGAUGGUGAGGUUAGGUAGCCUACAUGAAUUUGUUACCAUUUUGUUUUGGCUGCUUCACUGUCGGCCCACCCACUUCCUAAACUAAGCUGGUCGCCCUCCCCUUCCUCCAUUGUGCGUCUUUAUUUCAGAAAACUCUGCCUCUUGCAUCAAAAGGUUGUUGCAGUCUAUAAAGGGUUAGGAGUACCUUUUAUUUAGGCUAAUUCAUAGAAAACCUUCCACCUGUCUGCAACUAAUGACUAACCAACAUUCAACAAGCAGUUUGCCUUUGUUGACCAGGACAGGAAAGAUGCAGAACUGAGGGUGACUAUCCAUCCUCCCGGCCCGGUGAAGUGUGAGACUAAAUAGCGUGUCGUGAGGAAAAGGGGAGAGGGACGAUGGGGUUCGGACGGGACCUGGGGAACUCCCACGAUGGGCUGUUGAAGCUGCAGGACUGGGAGCUGAAGCUGCUGGAGACAGUGAAGCGCUUCAUGACGCUACGGGUGAAGAGCGACAAGGAGUACGCCUCUCUCCUCCUCAACAUCAGUCAGCAGGUGGACAAGCACGACAACUGCUCCCAGAUGGACUACAUCAGCAACGUCUCCAAGUCUUGGGCCCACAUGGUCCAGCAGACAGAACAGCUGAGUCAGAUCAUGAAGUGUCACGCGGAGGAGCUGAACUCUGGCCCUCUGCACAGACUCACUAUGAUGAUCAAAGACAAGCAGCAGGUUAAGAAGAGCUACCAGAGCAUCCACACACAGAUUGAGUCCGAGAUGAACAAGGUGACAAAAAGCGACCUAGAAAAGUUAAAAGGCACCUACAGACAAUUAACAAAGGACGCCCACAGUGCCAAAGAAAAAUACAGAGACGCAAUGGUGAAAGGCAAGGAGCCAGAGAAGGCGAGGGAGCGUUACGACAAGGCCACCAUGAAGCUUCACAACCUCCACAACCAGUACGUGCUGGCGGUGCGGAGUGCCCAGCUCCACCAGGAGCAAUACCACGACACCACGCUGCCCCUCCUGCUCGACUCCCUGCAGAAAAUGCAGGAGGAGAUGAUCAGUGCACUGAAGGGGAUUUUGGAGGAAUACAGUGAAAUCACCAGUCUCUUAACUGAUGAAAUAGUGAAAGUCCACAAAGAAAUCCACACCUCCAUCGACCAAAUUGAUCCUGUGUCAGAGUAUGAACACUUCAUUGAGGUUCACAGGUCUCCAGAAACCAAAGAACCAAAUGUAGAAUUUGACCUUUCACUGUUGGAGGAAACUGAGAAUCUUCAAGCAAACGAGAUCCUAUGGAACAAUUUGACUGCAGAUAGUUUACAAGCGAUGCUGAAAUCCACAUCAGAUGAGCUGGGCCUCACUCAGCAGAGCCUACGCACCAAGGAGGAUCUCAUGCAAGACUUGGAAAACAAGCUUGAUGAGUCCACCAAAACAUGUGAAAAGAAGUCAGAUGCGGUGCUGCUGCUCAGUCAGAAGCAGUCUUUGGAGGAGCUGAGGCAAACGGUCCAGUUGUUACGCUGCACAGAAGCCAAGCUGGGCGCCCAGAAGGACCUGCUAGACCACAAGAUGCAGGAGAACGAGGGCAAGGAGCCUCCCCCCAUGGUUAACUACGAGGACGACGCGCGCUCCGUCAACUCCAUGGACAAAGGCAAAGACAGGACAUCAAAGUUUGACACCUUACGUCAUUCCUUAGCCGGCAUCCUCCGCUCUCCCAAAUCAGUCCUUGGCUCAUCAUCGCAGUUUUUCGACGUGAUCCCAACUAGUGAGAAGCCCCUGGGGGACCAGGAGUGGUACCACGGGGCCAUCCCCAGGACCGAGGCCCAGGAGCUGCUCAAAGAGCAGGGAGACUUCCUGGUCCGGGAGAGCCACGGCAAGCCUGGCGAGUACGUCCUGUCUGUCUUCUCAGAGGGACAGCGGAGACACUUCAUCAUCCAGUUUGCAGACAACCAGUAUCGUUUUGAAGGCACUGGCUUCCCGACCAUUCCUCAGUUAAUUGAACACCAUUACACUUCAAAGCAAGUUAUUACCAAGAAGUCUGGGGUGGUGCUUUUAAACCCAGUCAUCAAGGAUAAAAAAUGGAUACUCAACCAUGAGGAUGUUACUCUUGGAGAGCUUCUUGGCAAAGGCAACUUUGGUGAGGUAUUCAAAGGAACAUUGCGGGACAAGACUCCUGUGGCAGUCAAAACAUGUAAAGAGGAUCUUCCACAGGAGCUGAAGAUUAAGUUCCUAUCAGAAGCCAGGAUCCUCAAGCAAUAUGACCACGCAAACAUUGUGAAGCUGAUAGGCGUUUGCACACAACGACAGCCUAUUUACAUUGUGAUGGAGCUAGUGUCAGGAGGGGACUUCUUGUCGUAUCUACGGAAGAAGAAGGAAGACCUAAAGAUCAAACAGCUGGUGAAGUUUUCCUUAGAUGCUGCUGCAGGAAUGGCUUACCUUGAGCUCAAAAACUGUAUCCACAGGGAUCUGGCGGCUAGAAAUUGUCUGGUGGGAGAGAGCAACCUGCUGAAGAUCAGCGACUUUGGGAUGUCAAGACAAGAGGACGAUGGGAUCUACUCGUCGUCUGGCCUCAAACAGAUCCCCAUCAAGUGGACGGCUCCAGAGGCUUUGAAUUAUGGGAGAUACAGCUCGGAGAGUGAUGUGUGGAGUUUUGGCAUCCUCCUAUGGGAAACGUUUAGUCUAGGAGUGUGUCCUUACCCAGGGAUGACCAACCAGCAGGCCAGAGAGCAAGUGGAGAAAGAUUACAGAAUGUCCUGUCCAGCAAAGUGCCCUGAGGAGAUUUACAAAGUCAUGCAGAAGUGCUGGGAGUACAAACCUGAAAAUCGGCCAAAGUUUGCCGACCUUCAGAAAGAACUGGCCUCGAUCAAGAAGAAAUAGCAACCUGGUAGGGGAAGGUGGACCAGGUCAUGACCCCCUUACAACCUGAGAGAAACACCACAGAACGUUACAGCCUUGAUGCUACUUGUCGUGAUUGUACUCACGGUGUAUACUUUGUCACAAAAUCACUGUGUUAUGUGCCUAGGCAACUGUUUUGAGCCAUUAUCAAGGAGAGAGAUCUCUGCUUAGCUUGGAUCAUUGUCAAAAUAUGACAGUAUUAUUAUUUUUUAAACCUGGUGUUCUUUUAUUUCUGUUCCUUUCUCUUACUGAACCGCUGCAACUAAAGGUGUUUUGAGACAUAACCACACAAACAUGUGUACAAUUCAUCAUGCUCCAUUGCACAUAUGACUUCUGUCGUUUUGCUAUUGGUCAUCACUCGGGCAUAGCCACGAUAAUGAGAAAUGUCACAAUUUCUAGUUUUUUUUAGGGCCCUGAGUUUGGUCCUGUUAAGGUUAGAUGAGUAAUAUGACUUGAAAAUGCCAAGGAGUCUGGUGCUCCGUAUAGCCGUGCAACAUCUAAAAGAGACUGUCUAGAUGCACUCCGUAGACAGAUGGGGUUUGAGAACCAGUUCCUACCCAAGGACGUAACAGUUUAUACCUAAGGGUAUAGUGUCCUGUUUUUGUCCCGAGCUUGACUUUUCCACAUUCAGCAAGAACUAUUUUCUUCAUGUGAAUAAUUUCUGUCCAAAGAUUUCCUAAAGUAUUCUCUUCAUGCCCACUAUUUAAUGUAGAAAACCUUUGAGUUUAACAUACAAGGAUAAGUGCAAUUUGUGACACCCCUUUCCUAUAAUUGUUUGGGCUUUGUUGCAGUAAGGCCAUUUAUUUAGAAUUAAUAUAAUUUGACUUAUAAUUCUUAAAUGUUUCAGACCCUCCAGAAUGCUGAUUAUUUUCUACAUUUUAGUCUGUUACAAGCUCAAUACUCAUAAUUUGACAAUUAGAAUGUACCAUAACUGUACUAUCUGACUUGAAAUGUGAAUUUAGCAUUUUCUGUCAAAAACAGUUCUCUUUUACAUAGCUACGAGAAUUUUAAGGAGCUCCAUUUUUCAUGCAUUCAUUUUUGUGGUAUUUUUUUACUUCAAUUUUUUUUAAAUAAAACUACUGUUCUAAAUUGUUGAGACAAUUGAACAGUGAUAGCAAUGAACAGUGAACUUGUUUUCAUUAAGUAUACUUAGGGCCAGGAGUUGUAUCUAACCAUGCGACAUGACCAAGAGAGAACUCUGGGGCCUAGUCUAUACCUAUGGUCUUGUUUUCCUGGCAAGGUAAUUCUCCGUUCCUUAAUAUAGUAUAUUCGCUAUUCCAGCCACUCCUGUAUGAUGUCAUUUCUCUGAGGGUGCCAUGUUGUUUCUAUGUCAACCAGGCUCCUUGCCAUUUGUGCUGACAGCCCAAGCGUGUCUUCAAAAGCAUCUUCUGUGAAGUAACACGUCACAUCCAUCCAUCAGUUUCACUCCUAUUAGAAUGAUGGAACUCUUGUCUUUCAAAAAACAUUCCUCCUGUAUUUUGUAAAUACUUGUAGAUGCUAUAACUUUUAUUUUAUGCAAAUGUAGGUCACGUUUUGUGUGUAUCUCUAUUGGAAGUGUUUCUUCCAAUGAUGUAUUCGAUAAAGAAAACAUUGUCUGUUUUUGCUUCUGAAUCUGCAUGGAUUGUUUGUACAUUUUUAGUAUAUGUAUAAAAGAUUUUUGGAAAAAUCCUCUUUCCUAUCUAUUAUACAAUGUCUCCUGCUCAUCUAUCCUGUAUCCUCAUCUUACUGUGUCACAAAUUACACCCUAUAUAGUGCACUAAUAUGGCGAAUAGGGUGUCAUUUGAGACAGACUUUGGUUCGUUGACAGGAGUGACAGUUUUUUUCUUAAUUUCUCCAGUCAAAUGACCUCCUGAUAUUUAAAAUGUUUUGCAUUCCAGACAACCUAGCAAGAGAAAGGUGUAGAAUGAAUAGGUGAAGGGAGCUUACAUCUUAACUACUGGUUGAUGAGCACAAGAUAUUUCUGUUUAACACGUUUGAAAGGCAUACACUUUUUUCAGUAACUUUUAUUUAUUUGAGACAAUUAAAUAGUAUCAUGAGUAUUUUAUAUUAAUUUGUCUCCUGUUAGUGUAUUAAAAUAUUUGCCAGUAGUUUCUUUUUAAAGAAUUUGUUCUAUGGUUUAAAAAUUUAUAUAUUUGUAUUCUUCUCAUGCAAAGUGACCAAGUCUAGAUUUCCCCAUGAGUAGUUGAAAAAUCUGCUCUACAUUACUGGCCAAUAUAUGAUACAGACCAUUAGUACACUUGUGUUGAAUGGAAUUGUCUUUCAGUUUGUCACUCAUUUGUUUUUGAGUGAAAGUGUAUUUAAGCUUCACAAUUCAAUGUGAAAGUAUUGUGCUGCAUUAACAUUAGCAUUCUGGUAUGUACUCCAAGGCCAGCUUCACAGCAUUUCAAGGUGCAGUCGCUUCGAAAAUUUGACAUUGUUACAUUACAGCCUUAUUGUAUAAUGGGUUAAAUAAAUCUCAAUCUACACACAAUAACCCACAUUAACAAAGCGAAAACAGGUUUUUACAUUUUUUUGCCAAUUAUAAACCUUAUUACAUAAGUAUUCAGAUCCUUUGUUAUGAGACUUGAAAUUGAGCUCAGGUGCAUCCUGUUUCCAUUGAUGAUCCUUGAUUACUCUACAACUUGGGAGUCCACCUGUGGUCAAUUCAAUUGAUUGGACAUGACUUGGAAAGGCACACAACCGUAUAUAAGGUCCCACAGUUGACAUAGCAAAAACCAAGCCAUGAAGUCGAAGGAGUUGUCCGUAGAGCUCAGAGACAAUCCUGUGUUGAGGCACAGAUCUGGGGAAGAGUACCAAAACAUAUCUGCAGCAUUAAAGGUUCCCAAGAACACAGUGGCCUCCAUCAUUCUUAAAUGGGAGAAGUUUGGAACCACCACCACUCUUCCUAGAGCUGACUUCCCGGUCAAACCGAGCAAUCAGAGAAGGGCCUUGGUCAGGGUGGUGAUAACCCGAUGGUCACUCUGACAGAGCUCCAGAGUCCCUCUGUGGAGAUGGGAGAACCUUCCAGAAGUACAACCAUCUCUAGCACUCCACAAGUCAAGGCUUCAAUGGUAGUGGCCAGAUGGAAGCCACUCCUCAGUAAAAAGCACAUGACAGCCCACUUGGAGUUUGCAAAAGGCACCUAAAAUAUUCUUAGACCAUGAGAAACACGAGUCUCUGGUCUGAUGAAACAAAGACUGAACCUUUUGGUCUGAAUGCCAAAUGUCACGUCUGGAGGAAACCUGGCACGAUCCCUACGGUGAAGCAUAGUGGUGGCAGUAUCAUGCUGUGGGGAUGUUUUUCAGCCGGCAGGGACUGAGAGACUAGUCAGGAUCGAGGGAAAGGUGAACGGAGCAAAGUACAGAGAGAGAUCCUUGAUGAUAACCUGCUCCAGAGUGCUCAGUAACUCAGACUGGGCCGAAGGUUCACCUUCCAACAGAACAACGACCCUAAGCACACAGCCAAGACAAUGCAGGAGUGGCUUCAGAACAAGCCUCUGAAUGUCCUUGAGUGGCCCAGCCAGAGUCCGGACUUGAACCUGAUCAAACAUCUCUCCUGAAAAUAGCUGUGCAAGCAAUGCUCCCCAUCCAACCUGACAGAGCUUGAGAAAAAUGGGAGAUACUCCCCAAAUACAGGUGUGCCAAGCUUGUCGCGACACUCAAGGCUGUAGUCGCUCCUAAAGGUGCUUCAAAGUACUGAACACUUAUGUAAAGUUUAUAAAUUAGCAAAUAUUUCUAAAAACCUGUUUUUGCCUUGUCAUUAUGGGGUAUUGUGUGUAGAUUGUGGAUUUAAAAAGCUGUAACGUAACAAACAUGGGAAAAGUUAAGGGGUCUGAAUACUUUCCAAAUGCACUGUAUGUGCAUUACUGUGCUCUUUUCCUAAAGCAUAUUGUUAUUUGAUGUGUGUCAGACUAAUUUAAAGAGCUGGGAUAUUUAUUGCCACAACAGACCUUAUUUUGAUUGCACUUUUGGCCAUGUUAAAAAGACACAGACACAAUAGUACUGUUGUGUUUAGCCCAACAUGCUUCCCUAUGAAUAAAGACCAUAUCUAAAGUAACAAGUGAACAAUGCACUGGAUUUGAAUGAGUAUCACAUUGUUAUAGUUAGCCCAUAUUAUGUAAUAUGAAUUACUGUAGCUAGUGUGGUUGUAAUUGAAAAAUGUCCUUGAAUGUGUUUGCUAUUACACACCUGUAUGCCCCUUGUUAGAUUUAGCUUUCACAAUCAUGUCCUGUCAUUGUUUAUACUGUGUACUUGCAAUAAAAAAACAUUCUUGAC